AUGACAUCUGCGCACAUGUAUCCGCAAUCCCCGAGGGGCGGAGGAGCUCGCCGCAACCCCCGAGCGCACUGCCUGAAUCCAGACGUCCGCUGUCCCAGCGAUGAACACCACCAGCCGGCAUCCGUCGUCAACCAUGUCACGCACUACCUCAGCUGCGUCCCCUUGCGGGAAAGAGCAAGCUUUUGGACGCUGGAGCACCAAGUCUGGAGGCACGAGCACCGCGUGCAGUUCGCAAAGCUGACCAGCGUCGAGAGUGCGCGCGUCAGGGCCGCCCGAGAAACGGCAAAAGUGCAAAGCCGGUCCAGGCCUGAUGCGGCAGGCUCGGAAGAAUCGGUGGCGAUGGAGCAGAUGGCGGCAGGUGAGCCAAGGUCGGAGGCGGCUCUUGCUCGCGAAGCAAGCCAACGCGUGUUUGCCAAGAUGACCGAGACUGCGCUCGAGAUACGGUUGCUGUACAGCAGAGCCAAACUCAUUCGAGAGGAUUUAGGCUGCAGAACUGGACUGCGGGCAAGCUCUCAGAGGUACAGAGACCCAAAGAGGAUCGAGCAGGGCAGUCGGGAUGCGCAGGAAGAGUGGGAGGCCAUCGAUGCAGUGAUACAAAGGCAAGACAAGGAUUCAAGCUCGUUGACCGACACACGCUACGACGUUGAAAAGGACUUUAGUGUCUGCUACAUGCAGUUUAGUCAAAAGUCUGCCGACGGGAUAGACCGUCCUUUUGAGCCUGAUUUUGUCACACCAGAUUUGAGGGCAGGGCUCGGAAGUCUCAAUACUCCUGCGACAGAGACACUGCUCUCAAGGAUGUUCAACAGAUGCCACCUCGAGGGCUCUUUUCCGAAUCAGACUGUUCCUUUGAGCGAUCUUUUGCAGCAUGAGCAUAGAGAAGAUUAUCAUGAGUGCAUCCUUGACCAAAAGUCAAAGAAAGACCGAAUCAGAUACAUCCAUAUCCCAUGUAACAACAUGGAGAAGGUUAUUGCGAAAUAUUACCGAAAAGAGUCCAAGCUGGACGACGGCCCCUUUGCCGACCCGCUUCAGAAAUCAAGGCCUUAUAUGCUUCUCAGACCUCAGUUUUGGCGUGGACAACAACGCGACCCUCCACAUAUGUACCACAGAAAAGCAGACGCGAUGGCUUUAUAUGCCCCUUUCCUGCACUGGGAAUACGAUCGGUAUCGCGGCAUUUUAUCACGAUGCACCGAAGAAGUACUAAAGAAACAGAGGGAAGCUCGUGCCCAAGCCAAUGCAGAAACGGAAAUGCGGCGAGUGAUCGGCAGGCUGGAAAGGUCAUGGCCUUUGCCCUCUCCACCUGCUGAUACUCGGGGCUCAUCAUCGGGUGUUUUCGGGGACAUGCUACACCGGUGGCACACCACGAGACAUAGAGCUAGACGAACAGACAACGAAGCUUGUAUUCACCACGAGCGUACAUUCCAGCCCAACGGGGCAAAGAUUACGGAUGCUGCUUCGAGGGAAACAAGGGCUAUACACGUUGCAGAAGAGCUUUUGACACCUGGCGGCCUCCCGAUCAAAAACAAGCUGGGACGGUAUUUGAUUCACGCGGCAAGUCUUUACGAGACCAUCACUCUCUACCGAGAUCAGAAGAUGCUCGAAAAGUACCUCAUCACAAAGGAAGGCCAGUAUUCCCUCCACCCACGACGGACACUGGGCCAAUGGGCCAACUGGAGUCCUGAAAUUAUCAAGUCCACCGACCGCGAUCAGACGGUAUACCAAGGCACAGCCAUGGAUCCAAACAACGCGCAUAAUCUAAUGCGCAUGGAGCGGGGAAUUCUGGGAGAGCCACAAGGUCUUCACCUCAAGACAAAACCCAGCAGGAUAGGCAGUCUUGGAAAUUACCGGACAGGCUAUGCCGGGAAUGACCAGAGACUAAACUCGUCCUACCCCGAGUUUGUAUACGGACAAUGUCUUCGGGAUGUGCGCAAGGUGCCGCGCCUGGUGAUGGUCGAUCAGCUGUGGAUGUGGAUACUGGACAAGAACACCAUCAUCACCUCCUUUGCUUGCCAGUACGGAAAGAAUCGAGAUCCGUCGGGAGUGUUUCAAACCAUCAAGAUGCGUCUACAGAGCGGGACGAUCAAGAUUCGGUCGGUUUAUGACUUGGCGCUUGUCAUCUUGAGAGAAUGCAAUGCCUCAUUCCUGGACCGAUCCCGCCCUCAUGACUCACGACCCCAAGUCAUGGACAUUUUUGCGACGGCCAUUGGAAGGAUCGAUCACAAGCUCUCGGUGCAAAACGCCAGCCUGGAAUCCUGGACCAAGUCGACUUCCAACCUCCACAGCUUUAGAUACCUCGGCGCCGACAAAGCCAACCCGUACACAGUCCUCCUCGACGUUCACCGAGAGACGGCCCUACAGAAAGAAAUCAGAGACAUCCUCCGGGAUCUGACGCGAAUCAUUGCCGUCCAGCAGCAGCAGAAGGAGUUUAUCGACCGAUUCGUCCCCAUAGCCAAGGCGUCAAUACUGGGGUCGAGCGAAGAGGGCCCGUCGCUGCCGCACGAGGCGCCAGACGUCAAGAUCGAAGACGUGGCCCUCGAGGCGCAGUAUGCGAGCUUUUCUAGACAUGCCUCGUAUUUGAGACUCGAAAUGGACGAUAUCAUACGCGAGUUGGAAUCGCUCAAGAGCAGUGCCGAGAGGACUUUAGAAGAUCUGCCGUUGUCGUUCCUGUCGAGCAUUUUCGGAAUGAACAACGCCACAUUCGCAGACGACAACAAUCUCAUGAGCUUGGAUCACCAACUCGUUAUUAUUUUCAUGGUGUCGUCUGCCAUCAUCAUGCUUGCCGUCUGGUUUGCGUUCAGCAAGUGGCUUCGGACACUUUUGUGGGCUCUAUACCGCGUCUGUGCGACGCGGGUAAUGGCCUGGCUGCCGUUGUACCGACUGAAACUAGAACCAUUCAACAAGAUGACGAGUGAAAGGCUGGUCCAAUGGGCGGAUCAGGAAGUCGAGCUGUACCAAUCUUGGGUUGAAAUGACUGCCGAGAUAUCACGAAGAAAGCAGGAACUACUGAUUCGAGGAUGA